GGAUUUACCACCUCGAUUGUGGCGGUGGCCGCGGUGGCUCCCUGAUCAAUAUCAUGCAUCUCUACAACUUCACUGUACAAUCCCGCUCUGCCAUACUACAGGCAGCCGUUGGUAACUUCUCUGGAGCCCGACAGCAAGAAAUCAUCGUCUCGCGCGGUACGGGACUCGAACUCCUUCGCUCCGACCCAGACACGGGCAAGUUAUCCACUGUCGUUGUAAGCGAUGUCUUCGGUUCUAUCCGCUCGCUGACCUCAUUUCGUCUUACCGGAGGGACGAAAGACUAUGCCAUCGUCGGUUCGGAUUCGGGACGAAUUGUGAUUCUCGACUAUGAUCCAAAAUCCGGCAGUUUUGUCAAGGUUCACGAGGAAACUUAUGGCAAAUCGGGCGCAAGGAGGAUCGUGCCAGGACAGUAUCUCGCUACGGACCCCAAGGGCCGCGCUGUCAUGAUUUCCGCAUUGGAGAAAGCCAAGCUCGUAUACAUUCUCAAUCGUGAUGCUGCUGCUAAUCUCACCAUAUCUUCGCCACUCGAGGCACACACGAGCAAUACCAUCAUUCAUCACAUUGUCGGCCUCGAUGUCGGCUUCGAGAACCCUACGUUUGCAGCGCUGGAGAUUGACUACACUGAAUCAGACCAAGAUCCUACGGGCACAUCAUUCAACAAUGCGCAAAAGAUGCUUACGUACUACGAAUUGGACCUCAGUCUGAACCACGUUGUACGGAAGUGGAGCGAGCCCACUGAUCCUCGGGCGAACUUGCUGGUGCAAGUUCCUGGAGGGCAGCUCGCUUCGUCUGAUCAUUAUGACGGACCCUCUGGUGUGUUAGUGUGUUGUGAAGACCACAUCAUAUACAGACACAUGGAUGCUCCCCAGCAUCGAGUACCAAUUCCCCGCCGCAAUUACCCCUUCCAAGACAAUGAACGUGGUCUCAUCAUUACUGCGGCAGUUAUGCACAAGUUGAAGGGCGCGUUCUUCUUCCUAUUGCAAAGUGAAGAGGGUGAUCUAUACAAGGUCACAAUCGAGCACGAGGAGCAAGAUGUCAAAGCUCUGAAGAUCUCGUACUUCGACACGGUUCCUGUGGCUACGAGUUUGUGCAUCCUCAAGUCCGGAUUUCUCUUCGUCGCGGCAGAGUUUGGGAAUCACCAUCUUUAUCAAUUCCUCAAAUUGGGUGAGGAAGAUGAACAGUUCUCGUCGACCGACUAUCCGUCGUAUGGGAUGGCAGACCCUACUGCACCUCUCCAUCGUGUCUUCUUCCACCCGCGUUCCCUAGAAAACCUUUCACUCAUUAACGACAUGGAGUCGUUAGAUCCUAUCAUCGACUCUAAGGUCCAGAAUCUUCUACCGAAUGCGGGAACGCCUCAGAUAUUCGUUGCCUGCGGCAGGGGGGCUCGGAGCACAUUCAGGACUCUGCGCCACGCAUUGGAUGUUGAGGAAGCGGUCAAACAUGAUCUACCAACUAUGCCAAAUGCGAUUUGGACAACGAAGCUGAAGGAGGAUGAUGAGCACGACGCCUACAUCAUUCUAUCGUUCGUCAACGGUACACGGGUUCUCUCGAUCGGCGAGACCAUCACAGACGUCGAGGAUAGUGGCUUGCUAACGUCGGCCCGGACCAUCGCCGUCCAACAGAUCGGGGCGGAUGCUUUGCUGCAAGUGCACCCGUAUGGCAUCCGCCACAUCACGGCAGACAAACGCGUGAACGAAUGGCAGGUGCCCAGUGGGAAGACGAUCGUAAACGCGACAACGAACAAGCGGCAGGUCGUCGUCGCGCUGGACAGCGGUGAGCUGGUAUACUUCGAGUUGGACCUGGAGGGCCAACUCAACGAAUACCAGGAUCGCAGGGCGAUGGGCAACACCAUAUUGGCGCUCAGCAUUGGCCAGGUACCAGAGGGGAGACAGCGAACGCCGUUUUUAGCGGUCGGCUGCGAGGACCAGACAGUCCGCAUCAUUUCGUUGGAUCCUGAAAGCACUCUGGAAACCAUGAGUCUGCAGGCGUUGACGGCCCCACCUUCGUCCAUCUGUAUUGCCGAAAUUCUAGACGCUAGUCUGAACCGGGCUCAGCCCACCAUGUUCGUCAGCAUCGGCUUGCAGAAUGGCGUGCUACUCCGAACCGUGUUGGACCCUUCGAAUGGCCAUCUGACAGACACGCGCACAAGGUUCCUGGGGACGCAACCCGUCAAGCUUGUCCGUGUCACUGUACAGGGCAAUUCCGCCAUCAUGGCGCUGUCGUCGCAGUCGUGGUUGAACUACACCUACCAGAAUCUCAUGCAUUUCACUCCGUUGAUCUAUGAGAACCUUGACUACGCCUGGAGCUUCUCCGCUGAAUCUUACUCUGGCGGUCUGAUUGGCGUCUCGGGAAGUGUGCUUCGUGUUUUCCAGAUAUUGAACUUGGGCACGAAGCUGAAGCAGAACUCCAUACCUCUGGAUUAUACGCCGCGCAAAUUCGUCAUGCAUCCCCAAAACGGUCUCUUCUACCUCAUCGAAGGCGACCAUCGUGCAUACAGUGAAGAGGCAUCCCAGCAGCAACUGGAGAGAUUGCGGGUGGAGCACAAGACGUUUGAUGAGGAAGUGCUCAACCUGCCAGCAAGGGAGUUUGGACGCCCGAAGGCGCCUGCUGGAGUGUGGGCGUCGUGCAUCCGUAUCAUCGACCCAAUGAAGGGAGAGACCGUCCACAUCGUGCAGUUAGACAAUAACGAGGCAGCGUUCUCGCUAGCGGUAGUGCCAUUCGCUGCUCGUGACAAUGAGCUUCACCUUGUCGUCGGCACUGCACAGGAUGCCUUCCUGGCGCCUAGGUCCUGCACGUUCGGCUUCUUGAGGACGUACAGGCUCACGGAGGAUGGUCGGAGCCUUGAGUUGCUUCACAAGACGGAGACCAGCGACAUUCCUCUCGCGGUCCUCGCAUUUCAGGGACGACUGGCAGCGGGGGUUGGCAAGUCUCUCGGGUUGUACGACAUGGGCAAGACGAAGCUGCUGCGCAAGGUUGAGAACAAGAACUUCUCCUCGCCUAUUGUCACUCUGAACAUGCAAGGGUCUCGUAUCCUCGUCGGCGACAUGCAGGAAUCCAUUCACUACGUAGCGUACAAGUCACCUCAGGACCGACUCCUGAUAUUCGCGGACGACACCCAACCUCGGUAUAUCACCUCCGCGACGAUGCUUGACUACAACACCGUUGUAGCAGGCGAUCGAUUCGGAAACAUCUUCGUCAACCGCCUCGAUUCCAAGGUCUCCGAUCAGGUCGACGACGACCCUGUCGGCGCCGGGAUCAUGCACGAGAAAAGCAUUCUCAUGGGCGCCCCGCACAAGACGAACAUGCUCGUGCACUUCCACGUCGGUGAUAUUGUGACGGGCAUACACAAGGUCCCGUUGGUCGUCGGCGGUCGAGAGGUGCUUGUGUACACCGGUCUGCAUGGAACUAUCGGUGUUCUCGCGCCGUUUGUGUCCAAGGACGAUAUUGAUUUCAUCUCCACCCUCGAGCAGCAUAUGCGAACUGAACAGCUUAGUCUCGUCGGCCGGGACCAUCUAGCGUGGCGAGGCUAUAACGUCCCCGUGAAGGGUGUUAUGGAUGGGGAUCUGUGCGAGAUGUAUGCACGUCUCCCUCCGAGCAGGCAGAACUCUAUUGCAAAUGAGCUGGAUAGAACCGUCGGAGAAGUGCUGAAGAAGUUGGAGCAGCUUCGAGUUAUGGCCAGCGGGUUCUAGGAUGACUAUUAGUUGACGCUGGUAGUAGUCUCGGAAGCAGACUGUCAGCACAAGGGGACUUGGAACGGGAAAGUGUCAGCCUGGUGCCAAACGCCGCAUCAUUUGAAGUUGUAAUCUACUCUGAAUCUAUCUGUUGUGUCUCGAAGUA